UCCAAUGUCUAUUGAAAACUGGUUGAAUCCUAAAGGUGAACAUGAAGUGCAUCAGCAGUUUACUGAUGAAGACUUUGUUCAAAAAAAGUUAGCUGUUUUGUGUAAUGUAUUAAAAAUUGUUACUGAGAUAGUUGAUGAUGGUAAUGCAAUAUUAAAGUCUCUUCGCAAAAUACAAUCUUAUCUCCGUGAAGAGAUUUGA